AUGUUCAGGAAAAUCCUUUUCCUCAUAUCCUGUGUGAUCCUUUCUGAACUGAGUUGUGUAUCUUCGAGCUACAAAGAAUGUUGGUCUGUAACAAACGACGACGAAAUUCUAUCCUACUGUAAAAACGAGUCUGAUUGUUAUUUUAAAAAUGUUGAUGGAUCCGAACACUCAACGAUUAUUUGUGUGUGUAAAAAAUAUAUGGAUGAUUAUUUUUUCGCCGGACCGGAUUGUUCAAUAAAAAUUUCUUACCACUACCAAACGAUGAAAAACAACGAAGUUAUGAACACUAGUUGGAUCGAAGAUCUGUUCAACAUCAACUCGUGGAAAAAUGAAGAAAACAGAGUCGGCAAAAUUUGCAUCAACCCCCGCUGCAGGUAG